AUGAACUUGGACCGCUUGCCUCGAAAUAUAGGGAUUGAGUUCCCAUUGAAGGUGGAAAACCAUGAAAAGGCAAUUUCCAUGGUAGGCGGGUCGAGCGAGAUUCGCAAGGUGUCGGACAAUUCCAACCACUCGCUCGAACUGAGGCUGAGAAGUGAUCCUUUCCAUCAUCCCAUUGCUUCGCGUCGCGCCGAGUGCGAAAAUGUUGUGUUGGAGAUUGAUCUGCCGGCUUGGACUUUGAACGAGGCAAACGGCAACGUACAAAAGGCUCUUCAGCUGGCUGAGGAUGACUUCACCGUCGCGCCCAAGUUUAUUGCUGAUCACAAUAUACGGUUCAGGGACAUGGCCGAUUUCCAGUACUACACUGGAGACUCACCGUUUGUUGGUAAACUCAAAGACUCGAUUUUCACCGGGAACUUGUCGAAUAUGAGCAAGGUUGAGUUCGAAGGCGUCAAGCCUGUUGACGCCGAUGCCGCAGAUGCAAUGCCCCCUCCCCGGUUCUCUCAGCAGUCUCAACCGUUCUUUUACGGUUAUAAGCAGAAUCCCUCGGUUUCUGUUGUGGACGAUGGCACAGGAGGCCCGCUGCGGCUAGUUAACAAGGCAACUCAGACUAGGAUUAUUUCUGAAAUCUUGGUUUGGGGCGACCCGGUGCCCACGGCCCCGCCUGCCGAACUAAGCUCUAAUCCUAGACCAAGUGUUAAGGAAUGCAUUGAAGAGCUCCGAGCCCUGUUUCAAAAACGGCCCUGCUAUACAAGAAGGGCAAUUGAGGCAGAGAUCAAGCCAGAACUCAUCAGAUACUUGCGGUAUGCUCUGCCGUACGUAUCGUACUUUUAUCGCAGUGGACCCUGGCGUGGAGCUUAUAUUAUGUAUGGCAAAGAUCCCUCUCAAGAUCCUGGUCUUGCUAUCUAUCAAGUUGAGCAUUUCCGCAUCAAUUCAUCGAACGAGACGUCGACUCCGUCAGGAACGCCCAUCCACAAGUUUGACGGGGUGAAUUUGCCCACAACCCGAAUGCUUCAACUCUGUGAUGUGUCUGAUGCAUUCUUAAAAAUGUACAUUGAGCCAGACGCUAUGCGUACGACUGUCGAUUCGCACGACGGAUGGUACUUGGCGGGCACUAUGGCAGUGAUUCGGAAAGUUCUACGAGCAAAGCUGGCCAAUAUCACUGAGGGCAAGCCGCCGCUGACCGUCUCUGCGCUUGCAUCAAUUGCAGAAGAAGCAAUUGCCAAUGCCCAAAAAGAAUCCGAAAAGUUAACCGCUCUUAGCAGCGACGAAGAUGAUGAAGACGACGAUGACGACGACGACGGGAUGGAGGUGGAUUCCUCCUUUGGCCUCUGA